AUGGCGGGGGCUGGCGGGGGCCUCAGGGUCUGGGGGAACCUGGUGCUGCUGGGCCUGUGCAGCUGGACAGGGGCCAGGGCAGCCGCUCCCAACCCAGUGAGGAACCUGAGAGUGGAGGCUCAGACCAACAGCUCCAUCGCCCUGAGCUGGGAGGUCCCCGAUGGCCCAGACCCACAGAACUCCACCUACUGGGUUCAGUGCGCUGGAGACGGUGGCAGAACAGAGACUCGAACCACAAGAGACACCAACGUCACCGUGGAUGGACUUGGACCCGGGUCAUUGUAUACGUUUUCUGUGUGGGUGGAGAAAGAUGGAGUAAAUAGCUCUGUGGAGACUGUCACUAGUGCCACAGCUCCCAACCCAGUGAGGAACCUGAGAGUGGAGGCUCAGACCAACAGCUCCAUCGCCCUGAGCUGGGAGGUCCCCGAUGGCCCAGACCCACAGAACUCCACCUACGGGGUUGAGUACACUGGAGAUGGUGGCAGACCAGAGACUCGAAGCACAGCUGACACCAACAUCACUGUGGAUGGACUUGAACCCGGGUCUUUGUAUGCGUUUUCCGUGUGGGUGGGGAAGAAUGGAAUCAACAGCUCCCGGGAGACUCAAAAUGCCACCACAGCCCCCAACCCAGUGAAACCUGAGAGUGGAGGCUCAGACCACCAGCUCCAUCUCCCUGAGCUGGGAGGUCCCCGAUGGCCCAGACCCACAGAACUCCACCUACGGUUCAGUGCACUGGAGACGGUGGCAGAACAGAGACUCGAACCACAAGAGACACCAACGUCACUGGAUGGACUUGGACCCGGGUCAUUGUAUACGUUUUCUGUGUGGGUGGAGAAAGAUGGAGUAAAUAGCUCUGUGGAGACUGUCACUAGUGCCACAGCUCCCAACCCAGUGAGGAACCUGAGAGUGGAGGCUCAGACCAACAGCUCCAUCGCCCUGACCUGGGAGGUCCCCGAUGGCCCAGACCCACAGAACUCCACCUACGGGGUUGAGUACACUGGAGAUGGUGGCAGACCAGAGACUCGAAGCACAGCUGACACCAACAUCACUGUGGAUGGACUUGAACCCGGGUCUUUGUAUGCGUUUUCCGUGUGGGUGGGGAAGAAUGGAAUCAACAGCUCCCGGGAGACUCAAAAUGCCACCACAGCCCCCAACCCAGUGAGGAACCUGAGAGUGGAGGCUCAGACCACCAGCUCCAUCUCCCUGAGCUGGGAGGUCCCCGAUGGCCCAGACCCACAGAACUCCACCUACUGGGUUCAGUGCACUGGAGACGGUGGCAGAACAGAGACUCGAACCACAAGAGACACCAAUGUCACCGUGGAUGGACUUGGACCCGGGUCAUUGUAUACGUUUUCUGUGUGGGUGGAGAAAGAUGGAGUAAAUAGCUCUGUGGAGACUGUCACUAGUGCCACAGUCCCCAACCCAGUGAGAAACCUCCAUAUGGAGACUCAGACCAACAGCUCCAUCGCCCUGAGCUGGGAAGUCCCCGAUGGCCCAGACCUUCAGGACUACACCUACUGGGUAGAGUACACUGGAGAUGGUGGUGGAACUGAGACCCGAAACACAACAAAUACCAGUGUGACAGCUGAGGGACUUGAACCCGGAACCUUGUACACAUUCUCUGUAUGGGCAGAAAAACAUGGAGCACGCGGCUCCAGGCAGAAUGUCAGCAUCUCCACAGCUCCCAGUGAGGUCACAGAUCUCCAGAAUGAAACUCAGACUAAGAACUCAGUCAUGCUGUGGUGGAAGGCCCCUGGAGACCCCCACUCUCAGUUGUACGUAUACUGGGUCCAGUGGGCCAGCAAGGGACGUCCCCAGAGGGGGCAAGAUCCCCAAGCGAAUUGGGUCAACCAGACUGGCAGGACCAAUGAGACAUGGUACAAGGUGGAGGCCCUGGAACCCGGGACUCUGUACAACUUCACCGUGUGGGCAGAGAGGAAUGACGUAGCCAGUUCCAUGCAGAGCCUCUGUGCAUCCACAUACCCAGACGCAGUCACCAUCACUUCCUGUGUCAGCGCCUCAGCGGGCUAUGGAGUCCACUUGACCUGGUCCUGCCCCCAGGGAGGCUACGAGGCCUUUGAGUUGGAGGUGGGAGGACAGCGGGGCUCCCAGGACAGAUCUUCAUGUGGGGAGGCUGUGUCUGUGUUGGGGCUCAGGCCGGCUCAGUCCUACCCAGCCACCAUCACGACCAUCUGGGACGGAAUGAAGGUUGUGUCUCUCUCUGUGGUCUGCCACACCGAGAGUGCAGGGGUCAUUGCCGGAGCCAUUGUGGGCAUCCUCCUGUUUCUCGUCCUCGUGGGCCUGCCGAUUUUCUUCCUAAAGAGGAGGAAUAAGAAGCAGCAGAAACCAGAACUCAGGGAUCUGGUCUUCAGCUCCCCAGGGGACAUCCCGGCUGAAGACUUUGCUGACCACGUCAGGAAGAAUGAGAGGGACAGCAACUGCGGUUUUGCAGAUGAGUACCAGCAACUCUCCCUGGUGGGCCACAGCCAGUCUCAGAUGGUAGCUUCGGCUUCAGAGAACAACGCCAAGAACCGCUACAGAAAUGUGCUGCCCUAUGAUUGGUCCCGGGUGCCCCUGAAGCCCAUCCACGAGGAGCCAGGCUCUGACUACAUCAAUGCCAGCUUCAUGCCCGGUCUCUGGAGCCCCCAGGAGUUCAUUGCAACCCAGGGUCCCCUGCCACAGACGGUGGGUGACUUCUGGCGCCUGGUGUGGGAACAGCAGAGCCACACCCUGGUCAUGCUGACCAACUGCAUGGAGGCCGGCCGGGUGAAGUGUGAGCAUUACUGGCCUUUGGACUCACAGCCCUGCACCCAUGGGCACCUGCGGGUAACCCUGGUAGGUGAGGAAGUGAUGGAGAACUGGACGGUGCGGGAACUGCAGCUCCUCCAGGUGGAGGAGCAGAAGACGCUAUCCGUGCGGCAAUUCCACUACCAGGCCUGGCCGGAUCACGGCGUUCCCUCCUCCCCAGACACCCUGCUGGCUUUCUGGAGGAUGCUCCGGCAGUGGCUGGAUCAGACCAUGGAGGGAGGCCCACCCAUUGUGCACUGCAGUGCUGGCGUGGGUCGCACAGGCACCCUCAUUGCCCUGGACGUCCUGCUCCGGCAGCUGCAGUCCGAGGGUCUCCUUGGGCCCUUCAGCUUUGUGAGGAAGAUGAGAGAGAGUCGGCCGUUGAUGGUGCAGACUGAGGCUCAGUACGUAUUCCUGCACCAGUGCAUCCUGCGGUUCCUCCAACAGUCAGCCCAGGCCCCAGCCAAGAAGGAAGUCACGUAUGAGAAUGUGGAAAACCUCAUCUACGAGAACGUGGCUGCCAUCCAGACCCACAAGUUGGAGGUCUAAGUGACGAGGGGGCUGGGUCGGCAGCCCAGGCAUUCUCAAGCUCUGGAUGCCCACUUGAGCCCAGAUUCCUGGAAGAGCAGAGGGCUGGGCUCCCAGACUCCUGGGUGCUGUGGGAAGAGGAGGCUGGGAUCCCAAACUCUGGUUUCCCCAGGAGAGAGUGGUCUGGUGGGCUUCAGAUGAGUCCUAUGGGAGCUGGGGAUCUGGAUUCCUGGUUCCUUGAAGAAGGAGAGGGAUGGUAGCUUGGAUUCCCUAGGUCUUUCCUGGAUGCAGACAGAAACAGGCUGGAGCCUGGAUUCUGAGGCAGGAAGGAAUUUGGGUCUGGAGUUCUGGCUACUUGAGGACCAAAGGCAGGAAGGAUCCUGCCCCGAUUUUACUUCAGAAACCAAAUCAGUCUUCUAUAAUCUGGAGUCAGAGGGAGUCCCUGUGCCCAAGGUCUCCCUGAACCCCACCAUCCACAUAUAUUUUUCCUUCUAUCCCAUAAUUUAUUAAAUCACUGUUCUCCCCAGA